GGCAGUAGCAGGGACCUUAGUCAUUGAUCAUCGGUCAUCGCAGAGCCAGGAGGAGCCCAGGAUAUGGACUCCAUGGAUACCAAUUUCACUGAUUACCCCAACUACCUGGAUGGGACGCUGAACCCCAACGUCCCAGUAGAUGAUGCUCCCGUUUAUCUGCGUCCUCAGGACAUCAUAGCUCUGAUCAUCUUCACCUUUGUCUUCCUGGUGGGAGUGCCAGGCAAUUCCCUGGUGGUCUGGGUGACGGCAUUCGAGGCCAGAAGAACCAUCAAUGCCAUAUGGUUUCUGAACCUGGCGGUGGCCGACCUCCUGUCGUGCCUGGCCCUGCCCAUCCUGUUCACAUCCAUUGUUCAGCACAACCACUGGCCCUUUGGCGCGGUCGCCUGCAGCGUCCUGCCCUCGCUCAUCCUACUCAACAUGUUCGCCAGCAUCCUGCUUUUGGCCGCCAUCAGCGCCGAUCGCUUCCUGCUGGUGUUCAACCCCAUCUGGUGUCAGAAGGUCCGAGGAGCAGGCUUGGCGUGGGGGGCCUGCGGGGCGGCUUGGUGCUUCGCCUUCCUGCUCACGAUCCCGUCGUUCAUCUACCGGGAAGUGAGCGUGGAGCCCUUCGCCUCCAAGAGGACGUGUGGUGUGAACUACGGUAAAGACAGUGGGCGCACUGAGAAGGCUGUGGCCUUCCUGCGGCUGAUCCUGGGGUUCGUGUGGCCCUUGCUGACCCUCAGCAUCUGUUACACCUUCCUCCUGCUCCGGACCUGGAGUCGCAGGGCCACCCGCUCCACCAAGACGCUCAAGGUGGUGGUGGCCGUGGUCACCAGCUUCUUUGUCUUCUGGCUGCCCUACCAGGUGAAUGGGACGCUGAUGGCCGUGUUCCACUCAUCCUCGCCUGUCUUCAGGCGGUCACAGAAAGUGGACUCCUUGUUCAUUUCCCUGGCCUACGUCAACUGCUGUAUCAACCCCAUUAUCUACGUGAUGGCCGGACAGGGCUUCCAUGGCCGGCUGCGCAGGUCCCUCCCCAGCCUCAUCCGCAAUGUAUUGACCGAGGACACGCUGGGCAGAGACAGCAAGACCUUCACACGCUCCACAGUGGACACCGCGACCCAGAAGACCCAAGCGGUGUAGAGAGAAGGCCACCCCUGAUCCAAUGCCACCUUUCUUUUGUAGCCCUCCUUCUCUGCCUUCCUCCCCUUUUCUCCUCUCCUCUCCUUGUUCUCCUUCCCUGCCUCUUCUCCUCCCUCGCCUUUCCUUAUCCCUUUCUUUUUCCCCUCCUCUC